AUGAAUAUAUUUAAUAAUUUUCAAGUAAAUCCAAAAUAUGUUAAUCAAUUAAGCAAUAUUAUUAAAAUGGCAGUUAAUCCUGAAUUUUUAAAAACUGGCUAUAAUGAUACAUAUAAACCACAUAUAAUUAUUUAUCUUACUACAACAUCAUUACCUGAUUCGGAUGUAAUAUAUCAAUCAAAAAUUGUUAAAAAAAGUGAUAAAUUUAGAAUAAUAACAAUUGCCUAUCAACCAACAAAUAACAUUAUUGCAUUAGAAAAUAUGAGUAAUUGCUUUUUUAAAGCUUUAACUGAAAAUGAUUUAUCAGCUCUUUCAUCAGCAAUUGUUAGUCAGAUUAUUACUGCCAGUUCUACAGAUAUUGAGUAUCAAUGUUAA